AUGCUCUACAAAGGCAGUCGGGUAGACUUGGGUGAUGUUUGCAGGAUGUUUGCCAAUAUGGAGGCCAGACUUGUUGAUGUAUGGGAGAAUUCAGUGUUGAAGGGCUUGCAGAUUAGGAUCAAUUAUGAUGAUAUCGCAGACGACUUGACCAACAAAGAUGUUAGAUACUUGUUUUUAUCUGAUCAACACAACUUGUACCUCACCAGGCGAGACUGGCUGCUUAAUGGAUUUUUACAGGACAACACAAUAUUUGCUCACUUGCAGUGGUCCAGCAGGGGGAUAUCAUAUGGAAUCAAGCAACCCUCAGAAUGUGGCUUUAGGAUUAUGCGGAUUUUCACAGUCUCCUACUCCUGCAAUUCCAAGACAAGUGCAAUCACUGGAAGAGACAGGAUGAUAGCCCACAAUUUAGAUGUAGUGACUGGUGACAUUCUUGUCCAAGACCUUGCUUUAGCAAGUCCAUUUGCAGAAUUUGCUGCAUCAAUCUGUUUCCCCAAUAAUUUAAAUGUGAAAGAUCUGUAUCGCCAGCACAUUUUCGUACAAUUUGAUAGAUUAUUUAACUCCACCGAACAUGUUGCUCUCACUGUGGUUCCCCUGGAAAACAAACUUAUCUCACAAGGGAGUUCUAUCAUGACUAUCAACAGCAAGGCAUCUGGUCUUAUUUACCACUCAUUGUUUAUAUGUGGAGUAGUCAAUGCUCAGUAUUCUAUGCUAACCAAGUGGCAGGGUCAUUCAUUCAACUUCAUGCAUAACGUGCUCCACUCUAUUUGCCUUUGA